UCUUUUUUUUUUUCUUUUUUUUUUCCCCCUUUGAGAUGAAUUUCGGUCCUCUCUACCUUCAGUUGUUUCCCUCUCAAUUUUUUUUCCCAUUGUCUUUAGUUCCACAUGAGCUACCCGGUUGCCGCUUCGGUUCUCUUGGACUGUCAACGGAUUUCGCCAAUCCGUGGUUGGCCCCCAAAAGUAGCAUCUGCAGAAACGGGCUUCUCGCAUUAUCUACACUGCCUGACAGUUGUCGUCGGCGUGCCCUGCAAGCGCCAGCAAAUAUCAUUAGUCAUGCUACCCCUCGCAGCAUACCUAGAGGUACUUAGGCUGCAAGGAUUGUACAUAAUUUAUAUAGGUGACCAUCCACGCUCUUCUACACAUCAAAUACAACAAAAGAAGCUUCAACACCUACUACACUCUACGGCCCUUUUGAUCUACGGAAGCCGCGACAACUCACCUUCAAAUGUGUAAAGAGUUUUGAUUGCACAUUACCAAAUCAAUUAGGCAACAACAUGACGGUUAAGGUCCAUGCUGGAAAAUGGGUUUCUUGCACGCUCCCUAUCUCUUUCGCCAGACUUAUGAGAAUCAUCGAAGAGGCUAAGAAGCAUGCAAGCAAGGUCCCCUUCUCCUCAGUCUUUCACGGUACCGGUAUCCCAAAGUUGUCGGACUAUCAGCUAGGCGUGGGUAGAGAAGGAGCAGAUGGGAAGCCGGCACCAAUUACCCCCCAGGAUUGGUCUACGCUGGUUCUUCCCUGGCUUGAGUCCGCUGGAGUGCUCACAGAGAACAUCAGAAAGCAGUAUGAGGAGGCCCGAGUGUGGGCUACCGAACAUCCUCUUGCGACUACACUUCUCGUAUUUGUUGUAGCAGGUGUCCUGAUUGUCUUGGUCGCCUAUCCUCAUCUUCUAUACAAGCCUAUUCUGAAAGCCAUCGGUUUCGCUUCUAAAGGUGUAUCAAAGAUGCAAUCCUGGAUCGGAAACAUAGCAAAAGGAAGCACUUUUGCAUGCAUCCAGAGCAUAACCAUGGGUGGAGUGGGUGCUCUCACUCUUGCUCCUUGGAUUUAUACCGGUGUCCUGGGUACCGUUGCUUGCGUUCCUGCAGGUCUGCGUAUCCUGAGGCCGAGUCCAGGAGAGCGUCAUCCCUUAAAGGCGAAAUUGUGA